UCCGUUAGCUGCGGGCAGGAGAGACGGUCAGCGCGCGGAGGCCCUGCACUCGGAGCGGGUGUGUUACAGAGGGAGAAAGAGUGUGAUUUAAAAAACAGAAGCAGAAAAAAGGAGGGAGAGAGAGAGAAAGACGAAAAAUAAUGCCUCGGAUGUUAUAGAGGGUUUUUGAAAUGGCCAUUAGGGAGCUGAAAGUGUGUCUUCUAGGGGAUACAGGAGUUGGGAAAUCAAGUAUUGUUUGCAGAUUCGUCCAGGAUCACUUUGAUCACAACAUAAGCCCGACUAUUGGCGCGUCAUUUUUAACCAAGACGGUACCCUGCGGCAAUGAGCUUCACAAGUUCCUGAUCUGGGACACGGCGGGGCAGGAGAGGUUUCACUCUCUGGCCCCGAUGUAUUACAGAGGGUCUGCUGCUGCAGUCAUUGUGUAUGACAUCACCAAACUGGACUCUUUCCAGACUUUAAAGAAGUGGGUGAAGGAGCUAAAGGAGCAUGGCCCAGAGGACAUCGUGGUGGCAAUUGCAGGAAAUAAGAAUGACCUGGGUGAUAUACGAGAAGUACCCACAAAAGACGCCAAGGACUUUGCAGAGUCAAUCGCAGCCAUAUUCAUCGAAACCAGUGCUAGAAAUGCUGUCAAUGUUGAGGAACUCUUUCAAAGUAUUAGUCGGCAAAUCCCCCCACUGGAAAAUACAGACGUGGACAGCAACGAGUCAUUCAAGAUCACACGCCAGCCGCUUACAUCAUCUAGACGCUGCUGUUAGAGGAGUGAGAAAUUUGGCUUGCUCUCUCUUUCUUAUAGCUGGAUAUUUAAUUUAGCUUCAUAACUAUCGUAACCUGUAACCGAAAGUUAGCCUGACAUUAGUGCUAAAGUAAAAGGAGUUUAGAUUCAGCAGUUUUAAACAUACAACAGUUUUAACAAGUUUACAAAAAGACACAAAGCUGAUCGAACAGUAUUUGCGGUGUUGAAUGUGGAGCAGAGUUAGCUGGCUAACUCUAUAAGAUUAACUUCAUGAGGAUCAGAGCCAUGGAUCUUAAGCAAUGGUAUAGUACAGUAUAAGACUCCAGGGCUGUAACGCGAACAAACAUCUUACAACCAUGAAGUCUGAUUGUGAUGUUUUAAAGCACUAACCAUCUUUAAUGCUGGUCCAGUAUCAGCUUGCCAUAUCCAGGUGUUAUUAUUUACAAGGAAAAGUAUGCUCAGUUUUUUUUUACAUUAGCCUUUUAUAAUCUGGUACUUUGCCAACUCCUUAAACGGAAUGUUUACUGUCUGUUGACCGAGUCUACAUGAAAGCGUAUCUAUUCAUCUAAUUGCUAUUUAAGUUACAUUAGAUUGACUUCCUAUCACACAAAAUUAAGCAAAGUAGAACCAUGAAAAUAUAAUACUCUUUCUCAGACAUAAUGGGACAAAAAAGUCUAAGUGCGUAUAGAAAUCAUACAAAUCACCCAAACACAAAAAGUUUAUAUCCGUGGCUCAAUAAACGAUUUUGUAAUUUCACAAAUAAUCAAACAAUUAUUUUUAUUGCAUCGAGCUUUACUUUUUUGAGUUGAAAUAUCCAGAAUACAUGGCAUAUCUUAAGGGUUGCAACUCUUUCUUUUGGUUUGGUUUAUACCUCACAGCUCUGUUAAGCAGCUUGCGUCUACAAAAGAAGGCCACCGAACCAUAAAUGUUGUUUAGUUUACCUCUUACAUUUCAGUUGAUUUGCUUGCUCACUGUAAUCAAAGUGCGAUAGAAUUAGUUUGGAAGCGGACUGAGACGACACCGCUCAGACCUGACGCAUCAGACCAGUUGUUUUUGAUCUGCACCUGAGUAUGAUUGCUGUGUUCUCUCCUGCCUAGAUGAAUCAUAUUUCAAGAGAAAAAAAAAACACCAGGAUUUAAAGUGUUCAUGUGAAAGAGGUAAAAUGUAAAUUGAAACCAAAUGAAUAAGUUAAAUAUGACCCAGAUUGUGCUCACUCUUAGUUUUAUUUAGAAUAUAUUAGACUUCAUGCAUUUUAUAAGAGCUACACAUGUUAAAAAUGAGAUUUGCAGUUUUAGUGUUCCUCUCUUUUUUCACCUGGUACACUAAUGAAAUUUUAAACACAGACAUUCCAAACUGAAUGAUAAUUAUUCUUGUUUUAUAAUAUUCCAUCAUUCAUUAUUGUCCGUGGCUGCUCCAAUGUCAUCAGAAGUUUGAAUAAGUGGCCUAAUUGUCAGUAGAAUGCAUACAGGAGUUGGGUAUUUCUAAGAAGUGAGUGUGUUCUUCUUCUGAAAAGCCAAUAGCUAAAAUCAUAUUGUGCAAUUUUGUACCAAAGGUAUGGAUUUUUACAAAUGUUGCUAAUAAUUUGUACGGGAUGCCCAGUUAUUUAAAAUACUAAUCCAUAAAGUGUCUUAAACCUGUGGUACUGUGAGAGAUGAAGACGCUAACACUUAUACGAGUUAGCAUCAUUCUUUGAAUGUCCAUGCCUUCCUCAAGUGCCUAAAAUAUUCAUAAAUGUAGUUGGUAAAUUCUUUGAUAUGUAAGUGUUAGCAGUCAGGCAUUGAUAUAUUUAUCAAGUAUUCUUGAAUCUGAAACAUUAAACUACAUUGUCCAUUUCUAGAUUGAUGCCGGUUCUUAAGUUUUACAUGUUGUAAAAUAUUAUGUAGCGUUAGAGACAGAUGCAUAGCAAAAGUGUAAGUGUACAUUAAAAUGGAUCUUUAAAAAAAUUUAGGCAGUUUUCACUGCACAACUGUCUGUGUAGAGUCUCCCUAAUGUCCAGUUUCUGUGGUUUCCUCGACACUUGCAAAACACACCCCAGUAAUGCUACUAAUAAAGCUAGUAAUAAAGUAUAUAUAUAUAUAUAUAUAUUGUCACUAGUGUUAUUGCUGAUAGACUAGGAAUAGUGCCCAAGUUGUAUCUCCACGCCAUAGGAUAGACUGAGAUGGACUCCAGUUCCCCUGUGAAACUGACCAGGAUAAAAGCCCUUACCAAAGUUGAAUGACCACAAAUACUGUAAGUUAAGAAAUAAUAAAAAGGUAUGUACAAUACCAGUCGAAAGUUUAUUCUACAUUCUAGACUAGAGAUUUGAAAACUUUAAAAUAUGGCAUUUAGGAAAUGAAUUAAAGACAGUUAAGAGGGUUAGCUGUUCUUACAUUUACAGUAAUGUCAAGUGCAUUUGCUAAACCCAUAAAGCUCCAUGAUGAAACUGGAUCUCAUGAAGUCCAUCCUAGGAAAGCAAGACUUACCUCUGCUGCAGAGGGGAAGUUCAUUUAGACUUACCAGCUUAAAAAUCACAAAUUACAAGGUGGGGAAAUAAAAAGUUUUAAGACUAGUUUUGUAAUACACCAACAAAUGGCAGCACAGGGCUGCUCACACAGUCACAAGGAGCACCAACCUUCAUUGUGGCAAAAAUACAUUGCCCUGUGUACAUCUGGCACUAUUCUGACCCAGUGUGUUAUCACAUUUGAUCAUGGACAGAAAGAACAACAUUUGAAAGAGAAAUUCUAUGUGAAAAUGGGCAAAUCUGCCAGAGACGUUUGACGUGAUUCUGCAAGUUUACAGUGAUUCUGCAAUGAGUCAAUUGAGGAGUGGCACGUGCGCUGCAGGAACGAAAGAACAAAGACCUUCAAUGAGCUAAACCCUUGAAAAUGUCAAACCAUUUGGCAACUUGUGCGUGAUGAUCGUCGGAGAACAAGCCAUAACAUUGCUGCCACUGUCGGUGUGUCAUACGGAACAGUGCAGGCAGUCCUCACAUGCAAUUUGAACAUUUAGAUGACUCGUCCUUCUUGUUAAAGAUCAUUAACGGGGAUGAAACUUUGGUGUUUGGGUGCCACCCUGAGUUAAAGCAAGACUCUUCAUAGUGGAAGAGCCCAUCAUCUCCAUGAGCAAAAAAGGUGAGGCAGGUCCACAGCUCCACCAAGUGCAUGUUCAUUGUCUUUUUUGACAUUUGCGGCAUUUUUUUACUGAGAAUUUGUCCCAACGGACCGGACCAUUAAUAGCGAAUUCUACUGCCAGGUGGUGAGGGGUCUCAGGGAGGAUUUUUGGCCAAAAGAAAAACAGAGCUUUUAAACAGCUAAUCUCUAAACUUUUUGAUACUCCACAUAACAGCACCUAAGGCAUUACAAAGCAUUAGUAGCAGACACAGUUCAAUAUGAACUGAUCAGAGGAGAUUAUUGCAUAUUUUGGCUGCUUUCGGCAUUGUUUGUACAAUGUAGAAAGAAAUAAAAAUAUAAGAAAGAAAUAAAAACCAUGGAAUUAGAGGAAAACUUUUGUUUGGUUGUGUAUUUUGCAAACAAGAAAACAAUCGUAAAAUAAUUUAGGUAGUAAUAAUAAAAAGGUUUAAGUAAUAAUAGAGUUUUGCCAACAUCUAAACAAGCCAUUGUUUAUAGAUAUGGCUUA